UGUGCCAUCUGUUAAGGCACAGUGUUUCUCUCCUCUGUGGAUCAUUUAACCAUUAAUCAUUUAUCAACGCCACUUUCUCUCUCUCUCUCUUUCUCUUUCUCUGACCUCUGAAGAGGGACGACAGAUCUGCAUCCCUCACACUGGACAGAGAAAAACAUAUGGACUGCCACGAUAUGAAAGUGAAUAGAACAGAAUAGAAUAGAACAGAACUUUGUAAAACAUCCCAGACGAAGACUUCUGCCAUGCUCCCUGCACAGGAAGCAGCCAAGAUCUACCACACCAACUACGUGCGUAACUCGCGUGCCAUGGGCGUCCUGUGGACGGCUUUCACCAUCACCUUUUCUGUCAUAACAGUAGUGGUCUUCAUACAGCCCUACUGGAUUGGGGACAGCGUCAACACACCGCAGGCCGGAUACUUUGGCCUUUUCCACUACUGCAUAGGGAACGCUCUCACUUCAGAGCUGACCUGCAAAGGGAGUGCCCUGGAUUUUGGCUCCAUCCCCUCCGGAGCCUUCAAGACGGCCAUGUUCUUUGUGGGUAUCUCCACAUUACUGGUGGUGGCCAGCAUCGUCUGCUUCAGCCUCUUCUUCUUCUGCAACGCGGGCAGUGUGUACAAGAUCUGCGCCUGGAUGCAACUGGCCUCCAGUACAUGCAUGGUGAUUGGCUGCAUGAUCUAUCCUGAUGGCUGGGAUUCCGAGGAGGUGAAGCGCAUGUGUGGCCAACGAACUGACAAGUACACCCUGGGCAACUGCACGGUGCGCUGGGCCUACAUCCUGGCCAUCAUCAGCAUCAUGGACUCGCUCAUCCUCUCUUUCCUGGCCUUCAGUCUGGGCAGCAGACAGGAUAAGCUGCUGCCUGAGGACUUCCAGGUGGAGGGGAAAGGUACGAGGGUGUAGGGUGGGUGGAGAAUAACAGAGGUCAAAGGUCAAGGGGUAAAGAGAUAUGGAGACCAAAAGCAAUGUUUUAAUUUGAUGUUGUUAAUGUUUUGAGCAAGGUGGUGUGAAUAAAAAAAAACUAUAACAAAAAACCACUAGAGGGUGACAGACAGACGAGUUGUCAGAGAAAAUUUCACUGAGCCCAUUAUAAAACUGUAUAAAGUUUUAUUUUUAGUCUUAAAGGCUACUGUACAGACCAAAUUAAAUCUCCAUUUCUUUUUAGGUACUUAGUCAUUAGGUAACUAUUUUUAUCUCUUAUUACAGAUAAUGCAUAGAUCCCUUGACGAUGACAAGAACAAGAGAUGACCAAACAGUGGAGGAGAGAUGGAUUCAAGGUUCACAUGUACUUUCUAAUCCUGUAGAGUUUUCACCACAGACUCUAACCUUUUAAUUAUGGAUUUUCUGGCGCUGCACUAAAUCUGUGACUAAAAUAACCAUACAGACAUGGACCCUGGUAUUAAAAUCAUUAAAUAUAAAGUCUCCAAAGACCAAUUAAAAAUCAGAUAAUUUACAACAGGUGUAGUCAGAGUGACUGAUGGGUUCUGGAGUGCAUUUCUGUUCUCCCUCCUGUACUAAAAAACAGCUAAUUAUAUUUCUUCAUUUGAGACAAAUGUGUUUUGUUCAAUAGAUCUGUAAGGGUUGUAGUUCUUCAGUAUAUUGAAAAGGCAGUGUUUUAACAGUACUAGUAGUAAUAUUACACUGAAACCAUUCACCUGGGCAAAACCCUGUACCAGACAUAUGUGAAGUUAAGUAAGGAAAAGCAGUCCUAAUAAGAUUUUGAAAAAUAUUUAUUCUCAU